ACCACACAACACAUUAAAUAGUUUGUGGUCUGAAGUGCCACUUCCUAAUUCACCCAUUGUGUGAGUCUCAUUUUGUCUCUGUUCUCACACUCGCUGUAAUGGAGUUGUUCAUCUUCAUCGUUUUUCAGCUCCUGAUGGAGGUUCAGUCUUACAAAUUGCCUAGAGUAAAAGUAUCUCCAGAUGUCAUAAGAGAGUCCAGUGCUGUGAAGAUCAGCUGUGAGACACCAGCAGAUGUUAUAGUGUAUCAGUGUCAUUUCUACAUAAACAGAGAGGAGAAGAAAAUGAAAACCAGUGAAUCAUGUGAGCUCGAGCUCACUGGUGCUGAAGUGCUCAGAUGGGCAGCUGUAAAAUCACCUGGAUCACUCGACAUUAACUGUUACUACACAACAAAUGAGCGAGGUUCAAUCAUAACAUCAUCUGAUUCUGAUCCUGCCACAGUGACUGUUCUAGCUUUAGUGUCAACCACCACUGAACAAACUAUUACAACAAUCAUGAAAACCACUUCAACUGUAAUGUCCACUGCUAAAACAACAACAUACAGUAAAACAGUUUCAACAUCAACCACCACUGAACAAACUACUACAACAGCCAUGAAAACUGAUGCGCCCAAUCAAGGAACUGGUAUAAGUUGUUCUGCAUCUUCAAAGACAUAUUCUCUGAUCACUUCUGUACCAGCCACAUCUCAACCCAUAUCAGGAGGCCUCGAACACCCAGAGUCACAUCAGGACAGCACAGCAGAUCCCACACUACACAUUACGUCUGUAAAUGUAAUUUACCAGCCUUCAGAUGUUUUGAUGAAUAAACAACAGAAACAGGGAAACACAGAGGAGAAUGAGAAUGCAUAAAACCCUGAAAACCAGUUCACUCAAACACAGGAGAUUAAGCCUACAGUUUGGUGAAGGUGCACUGAUGAAUCUCAAGUCUUGUUUUAUUAUGUACAUUCAUUAAAGUAUCUUUACUUGCAG